AUGUCAGAACUUUAUAACUCGACACCACAGCGAGAGAGUGAUUCUCAUUCACUCUUGAAGUCAUCGGUUCUCGCUUCCUCUGUUGCGGUGACCACACCCGUUGGAACACAACCAGAAGUAGCAAAUAUUGAGGAGAGCGUGGUGUUGGGGAGAAAGGAUUCUUCUACUUCUACCCCUAGACCAUUGGCUGAGAACGAGAGUUGUGAUGCAUCUGGCGAGACGGAGGCACAACCUCCUGAACGUUCGCAAACUCCAUUGGAUCAACGUCGAAGAAGCUUGCUUACCAUUGCCGCCAAUCAAGUUCAUAUUGGUGCCCACGAACAUUCUAUACGACCAACUGAAGGGAUUUUCAAUGCGCAGGAAGAGCGUAUCAGAGAAGAUAUCAUUCGGAUGAUUGUACAAUACCUUCAUGAUGAAGGUUAUCAUGCCUCCAAAAUGACGGUACUGGAUGAAGCCAACGUCAAAUCAUAUGAACGUGAAGAACGCCAAUCUGAUAUUAGAAGAAUGCGUAAAGCAGUGCUGGACGGCGAUUGGGCAGAAGUUGACAGACUCUGUACAAAGACCCUAAUGAAGAAUCACAAGAGCUUUUUGUACGCUGCUUAUAAGCAGCAAUAUCUGGAAUACAUCGAGUAUCGGGAGAUACAAAAGGCAUUCACUCACCUCAACAAACGGCUAAAGCCACUUGAGCAUUUGCAAACAACCCCGAAUGAAUUCAAGGAUCUUUGCUAUUUACUCACUGGAAAGUCGGUACACGACGCCCCGUCAUUUAAAAACUGGGAAGGAAUAGGUUCUGCAAGAGAGAAGCUCGCGGAGCACUUUCAGAACAUGGUGGAUUUUGAAGCUACCGACCGUGAAGGCUCUGUUUACGUUCCUCCGGAACGCUUACUCACUAUGCUACGACAAGCCGUUGCCUAUCAGAUUGAGUCAUCACGAUACCAUCCACGUAUAGCUCCGCGCGUGACAACGCUAUUGGAGGAUUACCAUUCCCUCAUUAUCCCGAAUGCCGUACGAAGUAUAUUUAGUGGACACAAAGGAAACGUCAAGUGCGUCGAGUUCAUUGGCGAGGAGGGCUUGUCUAUUGUAUCUGGCUCAAGUGACAAUACUUGUCGAGUGUGGGAUACAGAAACUGGAGAAUGCCAAGCAGUUCUCGAAGGACAUACGUCACGUAUUUGGGACGUAGCAUCGAGUAAGACUGGGUCGACGCUUGCCAGUGCAUCUGGAGAUGGGACCGUAAGACUUUGGGACGUGAAGCAGAACAAGACCCAAUGUUUAUCCACAUUUGAAGAGGGUAGCGGGGAUGUUUAUUCCGUCAAAUUCCAUCCUGCUGGUCGACACAUUGCUACGGGCGGUUACGAUAAGAUUGUCAGAUUGUACGACAUUGAACGCGGUGCCGUAGUGAAGACAUUUGCCGGGCACCAGCUCUCGGUGUCUCAAACAAUAUUUAGUCCUGUUGGGAACCUAAUCAUCAGUGGAUCAAAGGACAAUACGAUCAAAUUUUGGGACAUAGUAUCAGGUCUAUGCAUUAGAACUAUUACGUCCCACCUGGGAGAGGUUACCUCUGUGGAGAUGAGUUCAAACGGCACCCUAUUGCUAAGUAGUUCAAAGGAUAACUCAAAUAGGUUAUGGGAUGUCCGCAUGCUUCGACCGAUACGAAAGUUUAAGGGCCACCAAAACACGUCCAAGAACUUUGUGAGGGCUGGAUUUGCCGGCGAUGCCCUAGUGGUGGGCGGUUCUGAGGACGGUAUUGUAUAUAUAUGGGACGCUGCUAAAGGCGACAUCCUUCAAACUCUUCGCGGCCAUCAAGGCAUAGUCUACAGUGCUGCAUGGAAUUCGCGACAGAGCUUGUUUGCCAGCUGUUCUGAUGAUCGGACCGUACGGACGUGGUGGUUUGAUCAGGCUCAACCGUUGUUCGGAGCUUGA